AUGGCUCGUCUACAUCAAAAAGCGUAUUCACGUUUAAAUUUACUUUCAUUCCACUCAUUUGGGCUAUAUAUUCUCUGUGCACCUGGUGCUUAUUCUGCUUACUACAGUCGACCAAGCAAUAACCAUUGGGUCUUUUGGUAUUAUGCCGGCAGUGGCAACCGCGAGUGCGGGAACAUUUGCAUAAUCACAUUUGCUAUUGUCUGCGUUCUUUUGCUACUUUUAAUAUACAGAAUAUAUUCCUUUUGUCGGUCAAGUCAUUGGGAAAAGAAAUUGGAGAGUAUAGAUAUAACAGAGAACGGAACGGCAACGGCAGCUGGAGAAAAGUUUCGAUUAUCAAGCUCGAGUGAAAGUCGAAUUGAACAGGGUUAUGGUGUCAACAAUAAGAAGAAAAGUAAUGGCACUAGUGAUUUCUUAGAGUAUGCCGACGCUGGCCCUGUCGCUCCUCCGCCUGUUUAUAGUGAUUCUUAUUCCAUACCGGCCGCCACCCCUUCUUACUCCAUGUCCUCCAUGUCCUCUACAGCACCUCUUCUUCCAUCUAAAUUCGCCGCCGAAAAUCCGCCUCACGAUUUACCGCCAUUGCGCGAACACGUGGCAUCCAUUCUCUCUAAUGGCGCAGCGGAAGCCUAUAAGCUCGCUCCUAUUGAUGAAUUAAUAGAAAGAAAUCUCCUCAAAGUUGAUAGUGAUGGAACUACCGCAAUCUUUAAUGGAACAAGAGUGUCUUGCCAGUCCAACUAUCCGUUCCUUGUAAUCAAAAAGAGUGAUUUUGCCAAUGACGACGAGAAUUCUCUUUAUCCUCCGUCCCAAACACCUUCUUCUUCUCCUCUUCCACAGAAUCUUGCUACAUCUCCCUCCCAUCCAUUUUCAUCAACGACUAAUUCUUAUUACGAUGCCACAAACAUAACAUACCCGAUGCCAGCACCACAAACAGAAGUGAAAAUCUCCAUACCACCAUCUUCAUUAAGCACCAUUGCAGAAUUGCCUAAUUCGCCCGUUGAAUUAACAACGCCUACCAAUGAACAAAGUGGAUUGCUGAAAAAAGAGAUCAAAAAGUUAAAAGAAAAGGAGAGUUUGUCAGAAACAGAUACAGACAAGGAAGGGAAUACUAAGGGCGAACUAUGUUAUUUUGAGAUGACUGUGUUGGAGAAUGAUGGCAAGAAUAAUACUAUUGCUGUAGGAGUUGCUACCCAGCCAUACCCAUGGUCAAGUCUAAAUACGAGUGGAUAUGCUCACGUCUCCUCUUACACAUCCAUUUCCUACUCAAAUGCCUGGGGAGAUGUUGGAGAUACUGUCGGAUGCGGAUAUUACCCGAAAACCGGAGAAGUGUUCUUUACGAUAAACGGCUCAAAGCACCAAGCUGCAUAUACGGGGCCGCAGCAUAUAUGGUAUCCCUGCAUAGGGGCAGAUGGAAGGUGCAAAGUUAGUGUUAAUUUUGGCAAGGAAAACGGGGACACGUUUGUAUUUGGCGAGGCGAGAGGAUCUGGAAGUGUUGUUGUUAUCGAUUGA